AUGGAUACUCCACCAAACCACACUUCCUCAAAUGACCUUCUCAUUACCGUAACCGUUUUCGCCGUUACAGUUAUCGUUUUCGUAACGAUCUAUUUCAUCUUCCGUUACCGUCGCAAUAGCGUCAGCCGUCGUUUAACUCCUUCGUCGUCCUCCACAGUUUUGUCAUCCGGCAAUAGAAUAUCGCCGGAGAUUUCUUCGUCUUCGUCUUCCGUAGUCGAUUCUCUCCCGAUGUUUACUUUCUCUUCUAUCAAACGCCGGUCCUCCUCUGUUGUCUCCGGUGACUGCGCUGUUUGUUUGUCGAAGUUUGAGCAAAAUGAUCUCCUCCGUCUCCUUCCUAUUUGCUGCCACGCAUUCCACGCGGAAUGUAUCGACGCUUGGCUCCGAUCGAAUCUCACGUGUCCGCUCUGUCGUUCAGCUGUUAUCGCUUCAGAAUCGGAGCUUGUGAAGAUUUUCCGGCCGGCGUCCUCUUCAUCUGAUAACAGUUUCCGUUUGGAAUUAGGAAACGUCAGCAACCGCCGUGGAGCCACCGCAUCUGAGAAUGUCAGCGGAGAAAGCGACCGGAGGUCAUACUCCGUCGGGGCGUUUGAGUAUUUCGUCGAUGAGGAAGCUGAGAUUCCGUUCGGUCACACUAACCGAAGAAUUGUUUCCGGUGAGAAAGAUGAUGCACCGUCAGUGCCGACGGAAGAAGUUCCGGUUCCGGUGGCUUCUCAGGUGAGUUUGGUCGGUGAAGGUAACUGGCUGAAGGAUUACAUGGAUAGUCUCUGGUUUCGAAAUUCUGGAAGGUUCUUCAAUGGUAGUAGUAGAAGAAACGACGUUGUUGGAGUUCAAGAUUAUGAUGUUGAAGCUAAUACAUUUGGGGAAGAAAUCAGUGAAGUGUUUAGAUGGGUAUCAGGGUUUUGA